UAGCGCUCCUCCAGACGUGGAGUUCUCCGUGCAUCGAUAUCUCAUAAAAAUAAAGUAGCACCUGUUCAUCAUAUCGGAGGAGAGGGCCGGGCCGGGGAUGGACAGGCGGCUCCUCAACGCAGCCGUAUCUGGUGAUGCCACAGAAAUUGUGCGCCUGGCUUUGCACGAUCCGGCCCUGCUGCUUGGAACAACUCCGCAGGGGAACACCUGCAUCCACAUCGCCUCCAUCCAUGGCCAUGAGGGGUUCUGCAAGGACGUCCUGGCGCUAAGCCAGUCUCUUCCUCUCCUGACUGCCGUCAAUGCAGACGGCGAGACGCCGUUGCUCACCGCCGUGACGAGGGGCCGCCCGGCUUUAGCUUCUCUUCUCCUCAGGUGCUGCAAGGAUCAGCAGGCGAUCUUGAUCAAGGACAAGCACGGAUGCAACGCGUUGCACUACGCCAUCCGCAGAGGAUACAGGGCGCUUGCGUUCGAGCUGAUAGAAGCCGCGCCUGACCUAUCCAAAGCUGUGAAUGAAAACGACGAGUCGCCCAUGUUCAUUGCAGCGAUGAGAAAUUUCACUCAUUUGUUCGACAAGUUGUUGAGUAUUCCUGAUUCGGCUGAUUCGGGAGCCUGCGGCUUCAAUGUUCUCCAUGCUGCCGUCGGAAAUGGCAAUUCAGGUGAGACCUGUGCAUUCAUCACCUAA